AUGGCUGAGACAGCAGAGGAUCUAGCUUCCCUUUCUUGCGUUUUGGCAGCAUGCUUCGGAACGGACGGCAACUUCACGGUCAUUGUAGAAGAGCAUUCGGCAGACAUGCUUGAGAGUUCAAAGGAGGUUGAGGCGAGCGUGAAGCGCACGGAGUUCAUGGUGUGGUCUUCUCUGCUUGCCCGGUGGUCUCCCGUCUUUGAGAAGAUGGUAGGGUCGGACAACUAUGCCGAAUCGCAAAAGUCGCAGGUUGUCAUCCAAGACUUCUCGGCCUCUGCUGUCGAGAUCUUCCUGCGCUUCUUGUACUCCGGAAGCGUCCGGGGCUCCAUCCCAGCUCUGGUGGAGGUGGCUGCACUGGCAGACAAGUAUCAGGUUGAGGAGUUGUGUCCUUUGUGCUUGCGUCUUGUACGGAAGGCGCUGCCGGCACAUCCUCAGGUUGCCUGCGAGGUCUUGGCUGUCGCAGACCGCUUUCAUGUGGCUGAAAUGCAAGCAAAUGCUCUUGAUGUCAUCUUCACCCAGCCUAAGAAGACCCUUCUCAAGCGUCCGGCUCUCCGGCAGGAGCUCUUGGAGGAGAUUCUGGGCUCAGGGCUGCUGUGUAUCGAAGCGGAUGCCCUGAAGGAGAUUCUCCGGAGCUGGGGUACAAAGGAUUGCGAUUCCUUGGAAUCGCUCAUUAACAUCCGGGCAAGUAGUCAGCACUCCGAUGACGUGUUGUUCACGCUCUUGAAUCGCUACGAAAAGGCCGGGAAGAAGGGCGUCUUUUUGGGUGCUUGGGUGGUGGUGAGCCUGGGACCUGGGCAGGGAGAAGCUUACACGUUGGAGCAACUCAACGAGACAGCCAGCAAUGAACAGCGUUUCACCGUCAACGAAGGAUGGGUGCAGUGGCUGCUACCGCAUACCUGGGUUCAUCUUCAAGGCUUUUCCUUCGAAGACCAAGCCUGCGCGGACAACGACGAGGAAAAACUAACCUCAGCAUCCUUCCGGAUCUGGUGUUCCGAAGACUGCGCGACGUGGCACCUCGCCUACGAGUCGCAAGAGCAGGAAAUCAGCUAUCGCACUUUCCUGCCUUGCAAGAGACCUCCGGGCUUGGUGAAGUCGUUCAAGCUGGAAGUCCUGGAAGGUGAGCUCUCGCACAUUUACUUCAACAUCCAUGGCAUUUUGCAGACGUCCGUUUGA